AUGCAUCUCAGAUCGGUUGUGAUUCUACUGAGCGCCGCGGUCGCCGUCACGGCUAGCAAGCCGCGGGUGGCUGCGGAGCAGCUCGUCGAUGCGAAGAGCCCGUCGCGGCCUGCGGGCGGGCGAUCUGCCGAGGGCCUCAGCAACGGAACACAGAUCAUCUUUGGGCGCGACUUUGACGGCCUCAACGUCUUUGGUCCGCGAGACUGCAGUCCCGGCCGAUAUCUAUGCUCCCAAGGCGGCUGCUGCAAGACGACACAGAACUGCACCCCAGACGGCUGCUGCGACAAACCCAGCAUCGGCUGCGGCGCCGACGGCUGCUACGACCCAUCCAAAAACACAUGCUGCGAAUCGCGCGGCACAACGUGCCAGCUCGGCAAAGAAUGCAUCCCCGAAGGCGGCUGCUGCACGACGGGCAAAAAGGGCUGCGGCUCAGACGGCUGCUACGACCCCAAGACGGACGUAUGCUGCACGACCCGCGGCACGACGUGCAAGACCGGCUUCGAGUGCAUGCCCGACGGCGGGUGCUGCCGGACGGGCACCACGUCGUGCGGCCCCGACAAGUGCUACGACGACGAAAAGUCCGUGUGCUGCACGAGCGGCUCCGACGCGUGGACGUGCACCAAGGGCGAGAAGUGCUGCGCCGCGAGCAAGUCGUGCUACGACCCGGACAAGGAGUCGUGCUGCGCGGGCGGCGCGUGCUCGCUCUCCGGGUCGUGCUGCGGCGAUGAGUGCUGCGAUAGUGAUGAGACGUGUGGGCUGGACAAGCGGUGCACGGCCAAGACUACGCCCACGCCGACUCCGACUUCGACGACGGCGUCUUCCACUGAGGCCUCGAGUGGGGAGACGACUGGCGCUGCGGGGACGGGUGACGGGGAGAAUGGGAUUGGACCGGGUGGCGGUCGGCCGACGAGCGAUAUUGAGAGGGCGAAGUCGGCGACGGCUGCUCCGUCACCUUCGCAGACGGGAGGGGCGGGCGAUCGGCUGUGCUCGGCUGGGAGGUUCGUUGCGGCGCUGUGUCCAGCCCUCGCGGUGGUCUUAAUGUCUGUGUUGUAG